AUGAAGGGCGUAGCGGUUCUGCUGUGCCUGGUGGCGGGUGCCUGCGCCGUCUCCUUGCUCGACCUCGUCCGGGAGGAGUGGAACGCUUUCAAGAUGGAGCACAGCAAGCAGUACGACAGCGAGGUGGAGGACAAGUUCCGCAUGAAGAUCUACGUGGAGAACAAGCACCGCAUCGCCAAGCACAACCAGCGCUUCGAGCAGCGCCUCGUCUCGUACAAGCUCAAGCCCAACAAGUACGCCGACAUGCUGCACCACGAGUUCGUGCACACCAUGAACGGAUUCAACAAGACCGCCAAACACGGCGGCCGGAACAAGGUGGUGCACAGCAAGGGCCGCGACGGGCGCGCCGCCACCUUCAUCGCGCCGGCGCACGUGUCGUACCCCGACCACGUGGACUGGCGCAAGAAGGGCGCCGUCACCGACGUCAAGGACCAGGGCAAGUGCGGCUCCUGCUGGGCCUUCAGUACUACGGGCGCGCUCGAGGGCCAACACUUCCGUAAGACGGGGUACCUCGUGUCACUCUCCGAGCAGAACCUCGUGGACUGCUCCGCCGCGUACGGCAACAACGGCUGCAACGGCGGCCUCAUGGACAACGCCUUCAAGUACAUCAAGGACAACGGCGGCAUCGACACUGAGAAGUCCUACCCCUACGAGGCAGUUGACGACAAGUGCAGGUACAACCCCAAGAACUCUGGCGCCGAUGACGUCGGCUUCGUAGACAUCCCACAAGGUGAUGAGGAAAAACUAAUGCAGGCCGUUGCCACCGUGGGACCCAUCUCCGUCGCCAUCGACGCCUCGCAGGAGACCUUCCAGUUCUACUCAAAGGGAGUCUACUACGAUGAGAACUGCUCCUCUACUGAUCUGGAUCACGGAGUGAUGGUGGUGGGCUACGGCACGGAGGAGGAGGGCGGCGACUACUGGCUCGUGAAGAACUCGUGGGGCCGCUCGUGGGGCGAGCUCGGCUACAUCAAGAUGGCGCGCAACAAGAACAACCACUGCGGCAUCGCGUCCAGCGCCUCCUACCCACUCGUAUAG